AUCUCUCUCCCCCAAGACACGGUCGGAUGGCUUCUCAUCCAUUCUUCUCACCGACCUUGUCACUCGUUUAAUAUACCCCCCCUACCAAAAAAAAAGUCAGGAUGGGUAACGCCCCCAGCACGCCGUCUGCGCCAGCGCCGGUCCCGGCUCACUCGAGGCUCACCCCUCCGGUUGGCGCCAUCACCGUGUGCCAGACGGGAGAAUGUGACUGGCCCACCAUCGCGUCGGCUGUGAACAGCAUCUCCAACACGUCCACAGACCCGACCACCAUCUUCAUCUACAACGGCACCUACGAGGAGCAGGUCUACCUGCCCCCCAAGGCCGGCAAGGUGACCCUGAUGGGCCAGACGGCCGACACGACCGGCUACCAGGAGAACACGGUGCGCCUGCAGCUCAACGCCUCGCUGGCCACCAAGCCGGGCAACGAGUGGACGGCGCCCCUGGUCAACGAGUCGCCCAACACGGCCGUGUACAACAUCGAGCUGCGCAACCUGUGGGGCCAGGGGAUGCAGGCCGGCGCGCUGUCGGCCUACAACACGAGCCAGGGCUACUACGGCGUGAGCUUCUACGGCUCCCAGGACACCCUGCUGGCCGAGGUCGGCAACCAGAUCUACGCCAACUGCUACAUCGAGGGCAUGACCGACUUCAUCUACGGCGAGCACGCCCGCGCCUGGAUCGUCAACUCCACCGUCGCCGCCAACGGCUACGGCUGGAUCACCGCCAGCGGCCGCGUCGACGACAACGACCCCAGCUGGUACGUCAUCACCGACAGCAAGGUCGUCGUCGCCGAGGGCGCCGACGUCGAGGAGGGCAGCGUCUUCCUCGGCCGCCCCUGGAGGAACCACGCCCGCGUCACCUUCCAGCGCAGCGAGAUCGGCUCCUUUGUCAACUCGACCGGCUGGGCCCUGUGGACCCCCGAGCAGCCCCAGACCGACCACGUCACCUUUGAGGAGUUCGAGAACUCCGGGCCCGGCGCCGACACCUCCGAGAGGGUCCCCUACGCCACCGUGAGGAACUCCCCCGUGCCCAUCGAGUUCAUCCUGGGCGCCGACUACAGGGACUGGGUCGACGAGCUGUACCUGCCCUCUGUCUAA